UGGCGCGCCCGCUCGUCCGUCCGUGCGCACCCCCGUUGCAAACGUCAUGAGCGUCUUACUACCCAACAUGGCGGACUUUGAUACCAUUUAUGAGUUGGAAGACGAAGAGGAUGAGCGCGUAGUGAGCGAGGAACACUUGCCCAGAUACUGUCCGGAACCCGUGGUCAUGCGAGGGGCCGGCCACAUCACAGUGUUUGGACUGAGCAACAGAUUUGAUACAGAAUUCCCUUCUGUUCUCACGGGAAAGGUAGCGCCAGAGGAAUUCAAAACCAGCAUCAGCAGGGUGAACGCCUGUUUGAAGAAGAACUUGCCAGUGAAUGUGAAGUGGCUUCUCUGCGGCUGCCUGUGUUGUUGCUGUACAGUAGGCUGCAGUCUUUGGCCUGUUAUCUGCCUCAACAAGAGAACGAGACGGUCUAUUCACAAGUUGUUAGAGUGGGAGAAUAACCGACUAUACCACAAGCUGGGGCUGCACUGGAAACUCAGUAAAAGAAAAUGUGAAAGCAGUAACAUGAUGGAAUAUGUAAUUCUUAUAGAAUUCUUACCCAAAUAUCCUAUAUUCAGACCAGACUGAGGAGCCUGUUACAGACUGGAUGUGUGGCCCUUGAAUCUUCUCCUUAGUGCCUUGUAUAUAAAGUAUGUUGGAACAAGGGUCUGCACUGGUGUCUGUUUUGACGACCCCCCCCCUCCCCUUUCAUCUCCCAGUACCUUGUACAUUAAAGUUUGCAACAGUGUCACUUUGCUUUAGAGCAGAUUUUGCACAUUUUCCCGACAGAACUCAACAUUUCCCCUUUGUUGCACUCAGAUGUGGGUUUUUUUUUGUUACAUGUGACAAACUCGAAAAAAGUGCAUUUACCCCAAAGAACCAUCAACCUGUAUCCCAUCUGUUCUAUCAGUAAUCCCUUGCAAAGAAUGUGAUGCCUCCACCUUCCUUAACUAAUCCUUGCCUUAUGUAUAAUUUUUAACUCCACAUGUGACAGGAGGAGGAAGGCAUUGGGAACUUCAACAAGGCUGUACAUUUCAAUGCUGUUUGUUGGGUUUGAAUCCAGUUCUUUGCAAGUAGGUGGGAUGGUUGAGAUUGCCUAGCGUACAACGUACGUCUUCACCUUGUGUGUUUUCUUUAACAUUUGACCCUCUGUACAUGGGAACUAGCUCCUAAAAGAACUUGACCUGUAAAUACCAUGUUAGGAUAAGCUGUACAGUGGUAUACCAUUGUUUACAUAAAGUUACUUAGCUCUUUAGUUUUUUGCCAAUAUAUUGCUGUACCAUACUUUUGAUUAAUGAAAGAUGUCUAUGUACCUUUCUAGUUUAUACGGACCUGUUUACCUUGUAAGCCAUAUAGUUACAAUAAUGCCAGAGUCAGGACUGAUUAUUGCACUUGAGCCCAGUAAAAGUCAGGAUAUCAGAGGAUUAAACAUCCUGAAGAUUCAUCCAGUGCAAGUCAACAUGUGUUUUUGCCAAUAAGAUGACUUUCAAUCAUUAGUCAUCUGUUCAAACUGGAGAUGUAUGAGUCUCUGAUGUGCAGUGGAAAGAUGAUGAGAACUGUCAUCUAUUUAUGUGUUAAUUUCUGUCCCUACUUUGCAUUCAUUUUCUAGUUUUGUACUCUCUCUCUCUGUGCUGUGUUUGGUCCUCCUGAUGUGCUGAAAAGCACAUUCAUCAUCAGUUCAUGGGUGUUCUGAGCAGAUGGUUCUUUUGUUUCAGUCUGCUGUUAGUAUUAUUUCCAUGAAUCUUGGUCAACAGGUUGCUGCAUUGCGUUGUGUUAGAGUGCCUCUGGAGUAGUCAGUGAACCACAGAGAAGUACAGGUUAAAAAUCUGUUCUCUUGUACAAAGGAGAGUUGAAAUCCUCCUCCCAGUAUUGUCCCUGUUACAUUUCUUGUAAAUGUUUGUCCUGAUCCCUACAGGGAGAAAAUAAAUUGAUGAUUUUAA